AAUUAACCUAAGACAAACUGUGGGGACGAAAAACAACGAAUACAACAGUGGUAGUUACCAGUUAGUUAUCAUAGCAGGAGGGUUAGUAUAAGGAUUAGUCAAAAAGUCUUAAGACAGAUGUCAUAAUUUCAUAAGGUUUCCAGUUUCGUUAACGUAAACAUGUCGAGAGAGACGUGUCGAAUAUGUCCGUCAAUAUUUUGCAAGAUGUUGUGCUGUAUUGGUAAAUAACACCGUACCACUGAUAGUCAUGUGUGAAUAAAACGAGACCAUGUUCUUAUAAAAGUCAAAAAGUUGUAAUACUGUUGUUUUAAUUUCAAGUGUGUCUGGUUUUGGUGGCCACUCUAACAUCUUUGAAAACAGUUUUAUCAUGAUAUUUUAGCUUAGCCUUGGGCUAGUUUUUUUAACUUUGAAAAUGUAAUGAUUAUUUUCUGUUUUUUAAUUAGAAACAAACGUUACGUUAAAUAAACGUUGGUGCGAUUUUGUUUAUACAACAAACGUUUGUUAUAUUAAAAAAAAAAGUCGUAUUAUUUUUGUCCCUGUUCUUCCUUCUGUUUAAGCACCUUGGAGAACUCCACUCCACAGCAGAGCGUAGCGUAGACGCUGAAUCAGGAUUAUACGUAAACUACGUAAAAUGCGCACAGAAAAAAAACAAACGUUUCUCAAGCUGCGCUACACAGUCUUGGUUGUUUCUUCUUGGUUCUGACUCUGUGUCGUUGAGUUUUACCAUCUUUGGUUCGGCACAGCGUCUCCUCUCGUCACUACCACUGUUUGUGAAAGCAGCAGCAGCAGCGGGAAGAGGAGGAUUUUAGAAGAAUGCUCUUUUUUUCCGUAGCCCUUUCUUCAGCUGUCGCCUGGUGAGAUGGCAGCACCGUGUGUUUCUAACGGCUCCUUCUUUAGCCUGUGGCCUGCUCUGUAGCUGUACGGUGUUGUGGCGUAAUAUUCGCAUGUUGUUAUUUUUCUCCAUGUCAUAUAUCGAGUUUCACUGGAGGUUAUUGCCUGCCUGGUAUAAACAGCUCGGUCACUGCACAUUCCAGUGACUCUAAAUAUAUCCAUUAAAGCCUCCGGGUGGGAGAGGAGUGUGUGUGGGGUGGGGUGGGGUGGGGGGUUAUUCUGGGGCAUUUCACUGCCUUGGUGGACCCGCACCACUUGGAUUUUCUUCCGGAGAUAGACACUGCAUCCACAGAGAGGCGAACUUGACCCGAUCCAGACAUGCCAUCCACCUACAACGUGAGAUCCAGAACUCGGGAGAGAAACGGCGUUCUGAGCCGACCUGAGUUCAUGUCCCUGAACCAGCCUCCCAUCCGCAACUGUGGCCCCUCGGUGAGCCGGGGCUGCAGCAGGAAACCGGCUCAGAACAAGCAGCAGACGGGCCAGCAGAGUGAAGAACCUGCGGACAGUGGCAGCAAGGACAAGAGGGAGCCCAACAGGAUGCCCGAGGAGGACUGCAUGCAGCUGAACCCCUCAUUCAAGGGGAUCGCCAUGAACUCUCUCCUGGCCAUCGACAUCUGCCUGUCGAAGCGCAUGGGUGUGUGUGCAUACACGUCCUCCUCGUGGGGAGGCUGCCGCUCCAUGAUCACCUUGCUGGCGCUCACCGGGCAUGGGAUCACGUGGAUCAUUGGCACCAUUGUGUGUCUGACUAGGAGUAACACUCUGGCUGGACAGGAAGUCCUGGUCAACCUGCUGCUGGCUCUUCUCCUGGAUGUCAUGACCGUAGCUGGACUCCAGAGACUGGUCAAACGCCGAGGACCCUGGGAAAUGACUCCAGGCUUUUUGGACUCUGUCGCCCUGGCCGUCUCCUCUUUCCCCGCGGCUCACGCCAGCAGAGCAGCUAUGGUUUCUAAAUUCCUCCUGUCUCACCUGGUCCUGGCCGUCCCGCUCCGCAUCCUGUUGGUGCUCUGGGCCUUCCUGGUGGGCAUGUCGCGGGUGUUGCUGGGAAAACACCACCUCACUGAUAUGGUGUGCGGUUUCGCGUUGGGCAUGUUCCACUUCAGCUUGAUGGAGACGGUGUGGCUGUCGUCCAGCACCUGUCAGACUCUCAUUUCCAUCAGCACGCUCAGCUGGAACCCUUCUUUCUAAACUCUUCAAGUGAGCACUCUUCACCACCAGGGGGGGCUAAUUCGACAUGCUGAACCCUCAAAAAUUUUUUUUUCUAAAUAUUCCAAUAAAUGUAAACAAAAAUGCAUUACUGCCUGGAUGCACAUGUUUGCUUGCAUGUACAGUAACUCCCAAAGGAAGGACAAUAUUCAUGGAGCUUCACAAAAACACCUCAGGCUUCUUCACAGUUACAGUAGGAGAUCAUGUAAAAAUUACAGCAGUAAAAAUGGAUAAACUGAGUUUAGGAUUUUCCUUGAAUUUGCAUUUUUUUUCAAUCUUAAAAAGAGUUGUACCGUUGAAAUUAUCAGAACAUUUAUGAAGUGAUUUACGAUGUUCUGUUUUUGUACUUUCUUUUUCUUUAUUGUUCUUUUUGUUCAUUUUCUCUCCUCGUCUCUUCCAUAAAAGUUUUUGGCUUUUUUAACUAUUCGGCCAUUGGUUAACACUAAACAAAGGAGAGAUUCAGGAUGUUCUAGUGAAUGUGAUCAUAUAUGAAGUGAUGUAAUUUGAAUAUUACACAGUUUUCCUGAUUGGCAUGACUAAUGUAUUUAGGGAAUGUGGAUGUGUUAUUGUAUUUCCUUUGGGUGGGAAAAAAACAAAACAAAAGUUAGCCUUCAACAUUAUUUAUUAGUUUUUUUUACUUUUCCUCGUGCCAUUAACACUGUUCUUUUGUGGUGUUGUUAUUUAUUAGUGUUACAUUAGUGUAACACAUUUUGUACAUUAGUUGAUCAAAUGUUUCUGGUGUGAAGAGACAGUGGUAUCUGAUGAGGUGAUUUUUAUUUAUUUUUUAUUGAUUUAUUUUUAUAAUUUGAUUUAAUUUCAGUAAUGUUUCAGUGAAGAAGAUUUGUAAAUUAGUUCAGCGUGUUCUGUACAGGGAUUUCUAUUCCAUGUUUUUACACUGUUUCUCCAAGUUGUUAAUAAAACAAGCGAAACCAUA